UGCUGGAACGCUCCUUUCAAGUAGCGAACUGUCGUCUGUACAUCUCCUUUGUCAGGUGAUCGCUCUUGGUGGGAUCCCAAGGAUGGUGGAUGUCAGGUUUUUGAAAUUCAGUGGUCUUUGGUUGCCCUUGACUCUGUAGUCAUCGUUUGAUUCCCAGGUGCCUGUGUUAGUAAUGUGCGGGGCCUGGGGGUUGCUAGGCCUGCCUUUCCUUAUGUCAUUUUACAGCCAGUUGUAUAUGGAACAUUCAGCCAACUAGCCCCCCAGGCACUGCUCCUCACGCACUGCCCAGCUUCCUGUUGCCACAACGGGCUUUGGAUUCUGAUUUUAUUUCUCCUGGUUUAAUUGAGUAAACCUUUGGUGCCUUAGGUUUGAAAAUACAGGAGAAGGGCACAUUUGGGGUUCACCCUUCUAUCCAGCACACAGAGCCUGUCUUCUUUCAGCUCAGUGGGUCAGAGUGUCUGGGCCCAUAUUUCCACCAGUGAUCCAGUGGGAAUAAAGGCUGCUCUGUCCCAACAGUGGAGCAGGGUUGAUCCCAGGCAUAUUGGCUGGCUCCUUUAAGACCAGCCUUUGAUACAGUGUCAGGAAAAUUGUGGUUUCAAGUUCAAACUGUGGUUUUGAGAGAUUCUAGCUUAAAAGGAAAAGAGCAAGGAAGCAUCUCUGCUUUGGGGGUCUUCCGGAGUAAGUUUCCUUCCCUGGAAGCAUUCCUUGUGUUUCUUUACGGUUCUUUUCCCCUUACUCUCCUGGGGUUUCUGAGGGUGGAGGAUAAGGGUCUUAGGGGAAAAAAUAAUCAUCUCUCAAAAACCACAGUUUGAACUUGAAACUCAACACUGUGAUUUGAAUUCUUCAAGUCAUGGUUUGAAUUGAAAAGGCUGCCCCCAUGCCAGAGACCAGCUUUAGUGAGGCAGGCAAGCAACGGCCUCCAGAUUGUGAUGAUUUAAAAAAUGUAAUCCUAGAUGGGAGGAUUGACUAUAAGGUGCCAAGGUCAGAAAAACAGAAUGUGGUGGGAUUAUGAUUCUGAUGCUUUUCAGUGGUCUGACCUGCAGCCACGGAGACCUGCUACGUUCAGUAGAAGGUUAUUACUUAACCAGUGGCUUCAGUCUUGACUCUGGAAACUGGAGUCCUUGUAGUUUUUUGUUUCCUACAAUCCUGGGUAUAUUCACUCCGGACUGAAUUCCAGCAGUCCUUUGGAGACUGAUGCUCUACUGCCACACUCCCACAUCCCUCUUAAAACCAUUAAUCACCUCUCCCAGGGUGAAAGUUUGCCUUUGGAGCGUUGCUACAGCCAGCUGGAAUGGCUCCUUUCCAUGUAGGCGCUGAUGAGCUCGCCUCACUCCAGGCCUCUGCACGAAUGGACCUUUGGGAGAAUAAUAGAAACACUGACUCAUCACAUGACCAUUUGGAAGGGUCACAAGCCAGAGGCCUUCUUUCUACAGCCAACAACAACUUGAAUCCUCCGCCCUCGGUGGAGGGUCCCUAUUGUAACUGAGAAGCCACAAGCCACAGAACUGGGGAGGAAACACUGAGGAACCAAUAAGUGCCCAAACUGGUCCUUGAAGAUGAAUGAUACUAAGUGAGCGACUCUCAGGGUCCAAACUUUGAGAAGCCUCAAGGGCAAACAAACCAAAAGACAAGAAAAGCAGAAAAUGGUGAAAACCAAACUAAAGACGCAAACGAUGUGAGGAGCAAGGUGAAUGCCGUAAGGUCAAAGAAAUGGGAAAUGAAAGAAAUGUCAGGGGCUGUUGAGGAAGUUUCUUUCAAAAUUCACUGGUCUUAAAUGUCCUGAGCUCCUCCUGCUGAGGGUAGAUGAGGAUUUUCUUUAAGCACAAACUUGCAUCUCAGUCAUUGCAGCUGCCCGCUGACCAAUAUGGAGCAAAGCCUGCCAGAGUUACAGGGAUGAGCUAUGGAGGGGUUGGGGCACCCUGAAGUAGUCGAGUCUAGAACGGAGAAAGCCGAGGUGUGCGGAAGUGUGAGAGAAGAUGGCACAAGGAGUGACAGGUGUGUAAAAGGAGCCUUGUCCUGUGUAAAUGUGUUAAGAACUUGCGGGUAGCUUUUAGGGCCAGGAAGAAUGGGCACUUAUUUGACAUCGAGUGGUGGUCUAGGUAGGAAUGAUAAGGGCAGUGGUGCGAUAGAUUUUGCGGGCUCAAGUGAAGGAAGGGCUUUGUUUAUCCCUAUUGAAUAAUUCAGGGCUAGAUUUCUGACUCUGGACCUUGAAGGUGGGCAUUGAAGUACUUUGUAAGUGACAGUGAGGAAUGCAGUCUGAACGGCAGAGGGGGAAAGUGCACCUUUGGAUGUUUGAGACAAAAAGGAAAGACGGCCUAAGGGUCCUUAGGACUCAGAAUGGACAUAAAUAUGGAAGUAGCAUUCAUCUCACGAUAGAGUAUUUUGGCAACCUACUUGUUGAAAAUGUGUUACUUAGAUGGGUCAAAACUAACAAGGUGAGAUAACAGCCCUAAAGUGAACAUCUGCAAAAACUCAACCACACAGGUUCAGGUAAGGAAAUCGGCUUAGUAGCUUGUGUUUAAUAACAAAAGACAUGACAACAAAAAGCAUCUGAGGCUUCCCUUUACUGUAAACUUUGUUAUGAACUAACAGCAUCAUGGGGUUGCCAAAAAAGCCAGGUAAUAUUAGACUGUGUUGUUAGAAGUAUGGCAUCUGGAAGGAAGGAGGGAAGAGUCCAGACUGCUGUUGGCACACCAUGUUCAUUUGUGGCCACCAGUGUUAAGGACUUCAGUGACAGGCUGAGGUACCCAGUGGGAACUGCAGAGGUAGACCCAAAGGAACUGGGAAGAAAAAACACUUCCUAACAAAUGGAGUUACUCAAAAUUGGAUUGGGCUGCCUUUUGAUAGGUCUUCGUCCCUGGAAGUGUUUAAGCCAAAGCUUGACUGAUGGGGUCUGGGCGGCUAGGGAAGGUUCCUGCACAGAGCUGAAGGUAGGAUUUAGUCAACCUUUCAGCUUUCUCCCAGCUGGAUGGUCCUGAUUUUCAUCCGCCACCUGCUCACCACUUCCCUGCCUACCAUUUCUGACUGUGGCCUGAGGCAGCUGCAGAAGGGGACAAAGAGGAAUCUGUGGGUUCCAGACUGUCUAGUGCCCCCUGACCAGGGAGCAGGUGGACCCACUGACCGGCGCACCCAGGGUUAGGGUGCAGACCUGUUGGCAGGCUGGGGGCCGGCCUAGAAGUGCUCAGCAGCGAAACGACCCAGCGUCCCACCUUGUACAACACAGUCAUCUCGGGAUCUACCUAGACCAGCAAUGCCCGGGGCGCGCAGCCUCCUGCUCCAGCCUUGUUCCCGGAGUCUCUUUCCUCCCCGGGCCUCAGUCUGACGCCCAUAGCCCUUCGCAGGAAGCCGACUCCCAAACCCGGGCCGGGGGUGUGGGCCGAGGACGAAACCCCGCCCCCAGGGGUCCCUGAUCUUUGCCCCCGCCCCGGGCUCGCGCCUCCCCUGAUGGCCACCGGCGGGCGGGCGCCUUUGCCUUUUGUGUGUUUCGUUCCGAGGUGCCAGAGACCCCCCGCCCAGCCGUCCGCCGAGUCUCCUCGCGGCCCCGUGCCCCUCCUCUCGGAGUCCCCAGCCCCCCUGCUCGGCUCCGCGUGCCAGCUCGGGGCUCGCUGGUUCGCUCCCCGCGGCGCCAGGAGGAGGGGCGAGGGCCGGCAGCCCCCUCCCCCGCGCUCGGCGCCGGAGCCUAGCCGAGCCGGGGGGACCCGCCGCCGCCGGUCAUGUGGGCCGGAUUGCUCCUCCGGGCCGCCUGCGUCGCGCUCCUGCUGCCGGGGACCCCGGCCCGUGGCUACACCGGGAGGAAGACGCCCGGGCACUUCGGGGCCGAGAGACGCCGGCUGGGCCCCCACGUCUGCCUCUCGGGGUUCGGGAGUGGCUGCUGCCCUGGCUGGGCGCCCUCCAUGGGCAGUGGACACUGCACCCUUCCCCUCUGCUCCUUUGGCUGCGGGAGUGGCAUCUGCAUCGCUCCCAAUGUCUGCUCCUGCCAGGAUGGAGAGCAAGGGCCCACCUGCCCAGAAGCCCAUGGACCCUGUGGGGAGUACGGCUGUGACCUCACCUGUAACCAUGGUGGCUGUCAGGAGGUGGCCCGAGUGUGUCCCGUGGGCUUCUCGAUGACAGAGACAGCUAUCGGCAUCAGGUGUACCGACACUGAUGAAUGCCUUGGGACCCCCUGCCAGCAGAGAUGUAAAAACAGCAUUGGCAGCUACAGGUGUUCCUGUAGAACUGGCUUCCAUCUGCACGGCAACCGGCACUCCUGUGUAGAUGUAAACGAGUGUCGGAGGCCACUGGAGAGGCGAGUCUGUCACCAUUCUUGCCAUAACACCGUGGGCAGCUUCCUGUGCACCUGCCGACCUGGCUUCAGGCUCCGAGCUGACCGAGUGUCGUGUGAAGCUUUCCCCAAAGCCGUGCUGGCCCCAUCUGCCAUCCUGCAGCCCCUGCAGCACCCCCCUAAGAUGCUACUGCUGCUUCCAGAGGCAGGCCGGCCCGCCCUCUCCCCAGGGCACAGCCCUCCUUCUGGGGCUCCAGGGCCCGCAACUGGAGUCAGGACCACACGACUGCCAUCUCCCACACCUGCACUACCCACGUCCUCUGCUUCUGCCCUGACGCAGCUACUGUCUGCCCCAAUGGCCACCCCAGUGCCUAGUCCCUCUCCGUUGGGGACCCUCAGACCUCCCUCACGAAUCCAGGAGAAGGUGGUGGUGACCCCUUCCUUGCCCAGGGGCCCUGAGGCCACACAGCUGGCACCAGGGCCCUCUGCCUGUUGGCACCUGGGAGCCAUGCAUGAGUCCGGGAGCCGCUGGACAGAGCCUGGCUGUUCCCAGUGCUGGUGCGAGGAUGGGGAGGUGACCUGUGAAAAGGUGACGUGUGAAGCUGCUUGUUCUCACCCGAUUCCCUCCGGAGAUGGGGGAUGCUGUCCAUUGUGUACAGGCUGUUUUCACAGUGGCGUCAUCCGGGCUGAAGGGGACGUGUUUUCACCUCCCAACCAGAACUGCACUGUCUGUGUCUGUCUGGCUGGAAAUGUGUCCUGCAUCUCCCCCGAGUGUCCUCCCGGCCCCUGUCAGGCCUCCCUGAAGUCGGAUUGCUGUACUUGUGUGCCAGUGAGAUGCUAUUUCCAUGGCCAGUGGUAUGCAGACGGGGCUGUGUUCAGUGGUGGUGGUGACGAGUGUACCACCUGUGUCUGCCAGAACGGGGAGGUGGAAUGUUCCUUCACGCCAUGUCCAGAACUGGAUUGCCCCCGUGAGGAGUGGUGGCUGGGCCCUGGGCAGUGCUGCUUCACCUGCAGGGAACCCGCACCCAUGACAGGCUGCUCUCUGGACGACAACGGGGUUGAGUUUCCGGUCGGACAGAUCUGGUCUCCCGGUGACCCCUGUGAGUUAUGCAUCUGCCAGGCAGAUGGUUCAGUGAGCUGCAAGAGGACAGACUGUGUGGACUCCUGCCCUCACCCGAUUCGGAUCCCCGGGCAGUGCUGCCCUGACUGUUCGGCAGGCUGCACCUACACAGGUAGAAUCUUCUACAAUAACCAGACCUUCCCGUCCGUGCUGGACCCGUGUCUGAGCUGCAUCUGCCUGCUGGGUUCGGUGGCCUGCUCGCCCGUGGACUGCCCCAUCACCUGCUCCUACCCUUUCCACCCUGACGGGGAGUGCUGUCCAGUGUGCCGAGACUGCAACUACGAGGGGAGGAAGGUGGGGAACGGCCAGGUGUUCACCUUGGACGAUGAGCCCUGUACCCAGUGCAUAUGCCAGUUGGGAGAGGUGAGCUGCGAGAAGACGCCCUGCCAGCAGGCCUGCUCGGACCCCUCCACGCCCCCCAGGGACUGCUGCUCCUUCUGUCCAGAUUCCCUGGAAGAAAGCCGGGGUCUCUCCCCUCGUGGAGACGUUGAGCUCAGCAAAGUGGCCCGGACCCCCCGUGGAGACCCUGAGGCCCUGCUCAACUGCAGCUCCUGCCCGGGGCCCCCAGCGGUGUCACCUCGGAGGCCAGCGCUGCAGCUCCUCCAGCUCCUCCUGAGAACAAACCUGUCUGACAUGCAGACUAUACCCGAGCCUCCUCUCUACCUCCGGCCUCUCCCGGGGCUCCCGGGCCACCUCCUGUUACUCCAGAGCCCUCGUCCUCGGCCUCCGGGGCCCACACAGCAUCCAGACAGCCUUCUCUGCCUGCCACCAUCCGGCGUAGAGCCUCAGCCCUUUCCACGAUGGACCCCAGCCCCUCAGAGGCCACCGUCACUAUCCUCAGGCCUCGCAGGCUCUCUCCAGCCACCUCCAGACUCUCUGCAGCCCUUGCAGCCACGGCCAGCCCUGGCCCCCAGGAGCCCACCAUGGGGCCCUCACAGGAGGAGUCCACAGUGUAAGCAGGACUCCGUUGCAGGGCCGUGCCCGGGAGACGCCAGACAGAGAAGGCUCUGCCAGAGGCCCUGGGAGCUUGCAGGGCGGCUCUGGGGGCCAGUGAGGCUGCCGACUCCUUCAGGACCCCUGGCGGGGAUGGAAAACCCUCAGGGCCCGAUGUAGCCUUGCUCCCAAGAAGCAUCUGGGAUGUGUUGUGAGACUCCAGCAACACGUUCUCCACCGUCAGCAUCCUCCCUGGACUGCGUGGGCCGCCUGUCUUCUGAGAAAGGUUGGGGCAGCUGAGUCCCUCUGGAGCAGGAGGGUCCGAGGGGCCUGGGAUUCCACUGAGAUUGUGCCACCAGCUGUCAUGUGUCCUCACCCGAGGUUUCCUGAUUAAAAUCUGUCUCGG